GACACGCCUGUCCUCUCCUCAGACCGUCACGCCUGUCCUCUCAGUGGACUGUAAACUCCUCUCCUCAGACCGUCACGCCUGUCCUCUCCUCAGACCGUCACGCCUGUCCUCUCAGUGGACUGUAACUCCUCUCCUCAGACGGUCACGCCUGUCCUCUCAGUGGACUGUAACUCCUGUCCUCAGACCGUCACGCCUGUCCUCUCAGUGGACUAUAACUCCUCUCCUCAGACCGUCACGCCUGUCCUCUCCUCAGACAGUCACGCCUGUCCUCUCAGUGGACUAUAACUCCUCUCCUCAGACCGUCACGCCUGUCCUCUCAGUGGACUAUAACUCCUCUCCUCAGACCGUCACGCCUGUCCUCUCAGUGGACUAUAACUCCUCUCCUCAGACCGUCACGCCUGUCCUCUCAGUGGACUAUAACUGCUGUCCUGCCUUUGAGACACCAGAAGACACCAGAAGACACCAGAAGACACCAGAAGGGUAGAUGGUUAUAGCCUACUCUGCUAUUGAAGCUGAUUUGGAGAGUUACAGAAGCAACAAGGGUUUGACGUCUUCUUCCUCUUCCUCUUCGUCUUCUUCUUCGUCGGUGUGGCUGUAAUAUUGUGACAAUGCCCUCCAUCAAGAAGGCUCUGCAUUUUCUUUUUAGCGCGCAGGCUACUGCGGUGUCCGUGGGGAUUUUAGGUUAUGGGAUGUCGACCGAAUGGGCCGUUUCCAAAAUGAGUUGCUCUCAAACUGAAAGCGUUUUUACCAACGGCUCUGCCGUUGUAUCAUAUGCUCUGUUCAACGGGACGAUCGUCAGAGGUUCCUGUCCAGUGUUUGGAGGUGGAAAGCCAUUUCAAGUGUUUGAGAAGUUGGCAGAGACAGGUGGAGCUCCUCAGAUCCUCCACGGCAUAGUGAUCACCCUCCUGGCCCUGUGUCUGCUCUGCUCUGCUGGCAGCAUCCUCAUCACUCUGUACAACAGCGUCAGUAACCCCUACCAGACAUACAUGGGACCCAUAGGGCUCUACACCUGCAGCUCUGGCAGUGCGUGCAUCUCCUUCCUGGUGCUCAUCCUGUACGUUGUGAACGUCCAGCUGACCGAAAUGUCUGAAGACCUGGUGAAGAACGAUGUGGGAAGUGCUUCAUUCUACCUGAAGGACAAGACCUCAGAGUUCCAGGUGGGAUAUUACCUGCUGAUCCCCUACAUGGUGCUGAGUCUGCUCGCCAUCCUCCUGGUCUACCUGUAUGAGCACGCUGCCUACACACACAGACAGGAGCAGCAGAGGCCCACAGAGGACGCUCCUAAAGAGAUCAUGAUGUAUUAAUAUAUAUACAGGAUACAGAUUCAUAAGAUCCUGACUACAACAUGUCCCAAACAGACGGACACAGACUGUGUUGACUAGUAAAACUCUGUGUCCUGAAAUGUCUGUGAUCCAUGACUGAUCCGAGCCCUUAUAACAGAUCUCACACGCUUAUAGAGUUAACUCGGAUCACUUUGUUUCAUCGUUACUACAUUUUCCUCUUGCUUUAUGUUUAUAUAUUUAUGAAUAGCUGACAUUUUACAAUCCGAUUGAAACUCAAAUGCUUAAAAAAAAAUGACACUUCCUGCUUAAUAAAAUACUGUGAGGUUGA